AUGGGGUGCAAAUCAUCAGACAAGCCAAAGGUAAAGCCCAAGCACAGGAAAGGCUUAUGGUCACCUGACGAAGAUCAAAGGCUCAGAAACUAUGUCCUUAACCAUGGCCAUGGAUGUUGGAGCUCUGUCCCCAUUAAUGCUGGCUUGCAGAGGAAUGGGAAGAGCUGCAGAUUAAGAUGGAUUAAUUACUUGAGACCAGGAUUAAAAAGAGGGGUGUUUUCUGCACAAGAAGAAGAGACAAUCCUGUCCCUUCAUCGCAUGUUAGGCAACAAGUGGUCUCAAAUUGCACAACAUUUGCCUGGAAGAACAGAUAAUGAGAUAAAGAACUACUGGCAUUCCUAUUUGAAGAAAAAGUUGCUCAAAGAUGAAGGAAUGGAUCAGUGUUUGAAACGAACUCAAUCUGCUAGCUCAAACUCAGACAUUAGGGAACCUUCACCAUCUCCCAAAAGACUCAAAGUGCAAACUUCAAGUUUUGAAUCAUCAAUGAAUAUGGAAAAGCCAUCAGCUGAUAUCCAGUACCGGUCUGUCCCACCGAUGUUUGACUCUCCUAAAGAACCUAACAGAAGCUCCUUAUUACCAAAGGUUAUGUUUGCAGAGUGGUUUUCACUUGACAGCUUUGGAAGUUCAGGUGAGCCUGUGGAUUCAAAGAGUACAUUUGAUCAUAAUCCAAGCUUCCAGGACAAUUUCAUGCAUGAUUACUUAUUGGAUGAAGGAGCAUUUGGCGGUGAGUAUCAUAAUUCACUGAGCGAUGGUUCGAGCGGAGACAUUUUUAGUUCAGAAUUCAAAUUUGAGAGCCAGAGUCCAGGAAAUGAGUUUGAUUUUAGGUCUGGAGAGGAUUUAUGUAGUGACUUCAACUUGAGCAAUAUUGGUGACGUGAUGUACAUUUGA